UGAUCUUGACUUUGAGUCUGAGGAGGAGCAGUCAUCCAAAAGAUAACUAAGGAGGUUUUCCCAGUCAGGGAUGAAGUACUGUCUGAUCUGGAGCUGUCAGAUGAUGACAUCCCUCCAGCCACACUGAUCCCAGAGCCUCUGAAGCCCACACCGGUCCUGAAGCCCUCCUUUCAGAGCAAGAAUGAGACAGACCUGUUUGGCUUGGGCUUUAUGGAGGAAGAAGCCCCCAAAGCCAAGGACAGCAGUGAGGACCUAGAAGAGAAGGAAAGCAAAUACUCCGCAAAAGAAAAUAAGAAAAAGAAGAAGAAAAGCAAAGAGGAGGAUGAGAAGAGCAGCAAGAAGAAGCAUAAAAAGGACAAGAAAAAAGAUAAAGAUGAGACCGGAACAGAAGAUGACAAAGAGAGGAAAAAGAAGAAAUCUCGGACCAAGAAAAUGGAUGACUUGGAGGAUUUCUUGGCUGGAGGGGAGGGGUCAGCAAAUAGAGAGGGCGGAGACUAUGAAGAACUCUAGAUCCCAAGUUAUCUUUUUUUUUGGAACUUGACUCUAAAGAACCAAAGGAACCCAAAGAACCAAAGGAACCCAAGUUGUCAUUUGAAACUUGUUUGGUUCCUAGAACCAGAUUAAUUUGUGCACAAACAGCAUUCGCAAGCCAUACCCAUGGUUCAUGGUCACCCAUUCCCAGGCAAAAAUCUAGACUCUGCUGGGGCUGUAUGAUGCAUGAAUAUUAUUUCCCAUGAGCACUACUGAUGAUGUCACACAUUAUCUUUGAAUGAGAUGAGAUGAGAAACUAGGUUGAAGAUACAAUCUUGUUACCUUCAACCUAGAGGAGAUGACUGACACUCACUGUGGUGUGAUACAAACUAUAUGAUAAUUAGUAGAGCCACUAAGGAUAGAUUUGACUUUUUUUAAUUUUCAGACGUUUAACUUAAAAUGUAUAUUUGCUUACUAUUUUAUUUUAACUUUUUAAAUGAUGCUCUCCUGAAGUGAACCACUCCAAAUGGGCUUGGCAGGGCUAACGUUUAUUGUCUGAAUGUCCUCUAUUUGGUGUAAGAAUUGCUUGAGAGGAUAUUCCUGUAAAGUGAUGGUUGCUUGACAGUGUUGAUAUUACAUAGUGGAGCAUAUACAUGCUUGAUGGUCAUAUUUCACAUAUUGAAGAUUGUCCUCUUACUUUGAUCCACUGGUUUUGUUUCUCCGACUCGGUGAUGUAAUGGUUGUUGAAAGUUGUGCUGUUUUAAUUGACUUUUUCUAUUUUUGACAAAGUACUAUCUCGCUCCAUUUGAUAAUUUACUCCCCUCCACAACACCAUUUUACAGUGACUGUAGUUUUCAGUUUGUCUGCCUCCCAAAUUGGCACCUUAUUCCCUAUGUAUAAUAUAUAAGGAAUUGAGUGCUAUUUGGGAUGUAGCUUUUGUCACCUUUUCUACCGCCUCAGUACACAUUUCAGUGUGUUUUAAUUAGAUGCCUUAAAAGGAAGUGACAUACAACACACGUACAUGUCUGCAAUCCUUAUCAACCAUUUGUCAAGUGUUCUUACGGUAAGUCAAGACUGUAAUGCAUCAGAACUGACAGGUAGUAGCUUCAGACAGAUGUGCGAUGUCUGGUGCCUUCUGUUGGUGAACUGUAAUGUUAUGUCACUCUGAAAUGUAUCAUAUACUGUCUUUUUUGUUUUGUUGCUGAAGCCAGUACCAAAAUCUUGGCAGCACACUACACAAUAUAUGUAAAUGUUUGCUUUUAGAUAAUAAUCUUGAUUUAUGUUGUUACGGGACUCCUACCAGUUUAGCAAUGAAUGAUUGCUAAAGUCAUAAACUGCUUACACAAUAAGGUAACUUAAAUAAUGAACUGCUUACUAUAUAUUUUCUUCUCAAUCUUUUCCUGCAUUCCAAGGCUCCUAUUGUUCUUGUGUUAACUUUACAUAACCGUUAGCGUGUCUGUCUCAGGAGGUUCCAUGAACUUUACCUGUGCUUCAGAUGUCCAUUUGAAAUACAAUUUCUUGCAAUAGCUGUAGUUCUUGGAGAUAUUUCAAUGGCAGCCUACUAACAUUGAAUGCAGCUAUUUUUGGACUGAAACAUGUCAACAACAAUAGUGCUUCAUUAUUACUACUCUCAUCUAUGGUAUUUGUCAUGAUCAUAUUUUCCUGACGAGGAAAUACAAAUGGGAUUGAUUAAUACCUACGAUGUGGUUGAUUGUCAUCUGGUUUGACUUAAACAUAAGGUUUAUAUUGCCCGCUCCAAAUGUAUACAUAUUUCCCAUGUGUUAGUGUGCUAAAGCAGGUUGACUAGUUGCAUCGCCAAAAUUAUUAUGUAAAUGCAUCACUGCAGAUGAAAGCAGUCAUUGCAAUCUGUUUACAUUGCAAAGAUACCAUGCUAUUCUGUAAUGAUGACAGACACCCAUCAAUUGAAUUAAAAGCAGCAUGAAUUCAUAUUAGACAAGAAAAUAAAUGCAGGUGGUAUUCAGGAAUGAUACACGGUACAUGAAGCUUUUAUUUCGACGAUGUUACACGGUAUGUUUAUUAACUGACGAGACAACAGACUUUUAGAUGUAUUAUAUACUUGUCACGUUAGAUUACAUUUGAAGGUUUAAAAUGUAAAAUGUAUCUUUCAAAAUAUGAAACUAUGCAUUAAUGUAAAAUACUGCGGCAUUGUCUGUCUAUUGUUGUCAUUCAAUGGGUGGUUCAUGAGGCAAAAAUAAUGCAAAGAGCAAAUUUCCAAUUGGUGCAUGAGGCUUAUGGUGUACAAUAAGAAAAUAAUGUAUAAAAAGGUAUAUUGAUAUUUAUUUUCAUCCCAUGAAAUGUUUCCAUAUUUUCACUGGAUGUGAACCUGUGUUUGGCUCAUCCUAAUAAAUGCAAACGUAUUUCUUCAUA